AUGGUUUCCAGCAGACAUUACUUUGUCUCCAGUCCCUACCUGGCGUCCAACCCCGGCGAGCAGUUCUACAUGUUCACCCUCAUCGCUGCCUGGCUCAUCAACGUGGCGGGGCGGCCGUUCACAGAGCCCCAGGAGUACGACGAGCCCAACGCCACCGUGUCCAACAUCCUGGCAGAACUCAGGGCCUUGGGUGUCCAGGUGGACUUUCCUCCCUCCAGACUGAAGUCGGGCUCAGGUGAGCACGUCUGCCUGGUGCUGGACCACCUGGCUGAGGAGGCGCUGAAGAGGAGAGGCUUCACCUUCACCAGGUUCUCCCACAUUUCAGCAAAGGAAACAAGCUUCAGUCAGAUUGCUGCUUUGCUGACUGCUCAGAGACACAUGAUGGCAGAGGAGAUCACGCUCUACACAACAGACUUCUAG